AUGCAAAACAACUACUCCUGCUUAAGCAUUUCUAAGUACUGCUCUACACAGCCAAAUGCUCAAUAUGGUUCAGUAAUGAUAUCUCGAUUGGUAUAUAUGUUUCUGCUGAAAUACGUGGAAAGACAAAAGAGCCUUAUUUAUCAUAGCAUCCAUUGCUUGAAUCCCCAAAGCCACACACCAAAAUUACUAGCCCUACCAACCAGAAAUGAAUUAAGCUACUCAGCGAUGGAUUCUCAUUGCUAUUCAGAACAAGACAUCGAAUCUACACAGUUCCCUAAAAUGGCCACCAAUUGAUCAACCAAAUGAACAAAACUAGAAUUAAAAAAGCUUGAACUUUUA